AGGAUAAAUUGUUUGGUUAGUUCAGGCGGAAAGAGUUAGCUGUAGCUGAAAGUUAAUUUAUUUGUUAGUACUUGUUGUUAGAACAGACAGUUUGUCGCUUGUAUUGUUGUGUCCUGUUGUUGUUGUGUCGGACUGCGACCACAGGAGAAGAAGAAGUGGAGUCUGAGAGAGAGUUGAGUCAGCCUGUUUGGAGUAAUGUUAUAGCAGUGUGUAGAAGUGCAAGUGGGAGAGUGUCUGGUUACACUGAGCACUGAGCUUGUGACUUGUUUCUCUUGAGCCAGCAGUGCUGCAUUAUCUAUUUUUAACAGGCAUGGGAGACAAUGAUGAAGAGGAGAGCUGCAGUAUUUACCCGACCCUGGUUCCACUCGGUAGUGAGAUCAAGGCCAGGAUGCAGCAGUUUGUGGAGGAAAGGAUGGAGGCCAACCUGUGGACGGCUGUGCUGAUUGGAGCUGCGACAGCUGUUUCUAUCGUUGGAGUUGUUGUGUUUCUCCUUUACAGAAGAUACAAACUCAGAUCAAAGGAGGAGGCCGGCGUUCCACACUAUCGCUUCAGGAAGAGAGACAAGGUGAUGUUCUACGGACGAAAGAUCAUGAGAAAGGUUCAGACGUUGUCCUCAGCCCCUGCCUCUAGUUCAAACUCAGCUUCCCGGCAGAGAGUGAGGAAGAGGACCAAAGUCCUGUCUAUAGCUCGCAAGAUCCUGCGCAUCCGGAAGGAGCCCGCCACCCUGCAGCCCAAAGAGCCUCCUCCCUGUCUGCUGGAGGCUGACCUGACUGAGUUUGAUGUGAAGAACUCCCAUCUGCCCUCUGAGGUGCUGUACAUGCUGAAAAAUGUCAGGGUGCUCGGCCACUUCGAGAAGCCCCUUUUCCUGGAGCUGUGUCGUCACAUGGUGCUGAUCCCGCUGCAUCAGGGGGAGGCGCUCUUCCGACCAGGAGACACGGAUGACAGUAUUUACGUGGUUCAAAAUGGCCGCCUGGAGCUGUGCAUCCGUGAGAGUGAUGGUACAGACGCCGUGGUGAAGGAAGUUUUACCAGGAGACAGUGUUCACAGUCUGCUCAGUAUCCUGGACAUCAUCACUGGCUAUCCAGCACCUUACAAAACAGUGUCUGCCAGAGCUGCGGUUCCCACCACCAUCCUGCGUCUUCCAGCUGCAGCCUUCCAGUCAGUCUUUGAUAAAUAUCCUGAAACUCUGGUCCGUGUCAUCCAGAUAAUCAUGGUGCGUCUCCAGAGAGUGACCUUCCUUGCCUUACACAACUACCUUGGCCUGACCACUGAGCUCUUCAACACGGAGAGCCAAGCCAUCUCCUUGGUGUCGGUGGCCCAUGUUCUGGGUGAUGGUCAUCCAGCCAGAGGCCUCCGCAGGCAGCCUUCCCAACCUGAUGAUCUGGGCUCUGAAAAAGGAGACGCAGCAGAAAAGUCCAGCUUCUCUGACACGGCCACAUCUAAGUACAACAAAUCUCGCUCUCUCUCCACCCCGCUGGCUGCUACAGGUGGAAUGUCAGCCGACCUCAACCAAGUAUAUGAAGGGGCUCAAGUUGCCAAAGAGGAAGCUCUGCCUCCCACUGUCAAGUCUAUUCUAAAGAAGAGUGUGACAAUGCAGCACACUCCAUCUGCUGUGUACCACUAUGACGAUGCCGGAGGAGGAAAUGUCCAGCAUAAUAAAGUUAAUGCCAUUUUCCAAGCUGCCAAAAAGGAUCUGCUGCGGAGUAUCCAAAUAGAGGACCCCAGUCUGCUGGAGGGGAGGGUGAAUCUUCGGCAAGUCAAAGCCGGUACUGUUGUGGCCCACCAGGGAGAUCAGGAUAUGAGCGUGGCAUUUAUCAUCUCGGGGUCGCUCCAUGUUUAUCAGCGGAUGAUAGACCGCGAAGAGGAGACCCUGCUGUUUGUCACCCACCCAGGGGAGAUGGUGGGUCACCUGGCUGUUCUCACGGGGGAGCCUCUUAUCUUCACUGUCCGAGCUCACAGAGACUGCACCUUCCUCUCCAUAUCCAAGGCCCACUUCUAUGAGAUGAUGCGCGAGGAGCCCAGGGUGGUGUUGAACGUAGCUCACACUGUGGUGAGGAGAGUGUCACCGUUUGUCAGACAGAUUGACUUCGCCCUGGACUGGAUGGCUGUGGAGGCUGGCCGUGCCGUCUACAGACAGGGAGACAAGUCAGAUAGCACCUUCAUCGUCCUCAGUGGCCGACUGCGCUCUGUCAUUGCAAAGGAUGAUGGGAAGAAGGAGCUGGCUGGAGAGUAUGGCCGUGGGGAUCUAAUUGGUGUGGUUGAGGCCCUGACCCACAUGAACCGAGCCACCACGGUCCACGCCGUCAGGGACUCGGAGCUUGCCAAGCUACCUGAAGGGGCUCUGAACUCCAUCAAAAGGAGGUAUCCUCAGGUUGUCACCAGGCUGAUUCAUCUGCUGGGACAGAAGAUCCUGGGCAACAUGCAGCAGGUCAAUGGUCCUCUGGCUGCUCGUGGUCUGGGUCUCCACACCCCCACCAGCAAGUGGGAUGCUGGGAAUCCAGCCUCCAACCUGUCUACUGUGUCCAUCCUGCCUGUGUCUGAUGAGGUUCCUCUCACUGCCUUCACUCUGGAGCUGCAGCAUGCACUCAGUGGCAUCGGUCCCACUCUACUCCUGAACAGUGACUCCAUCAAACAGCGCCUAGGCUCUGCUGCUCUGGACAGUGUCCAUGAGUACCGUCUGUCCAGUUGGCUCGGGCAGCAGGAAGACAUCCAUCGCAUCGUCCUCUACCAGUCUGACUCUGGCCUCACGCCUUGGACCCAGCGCUGCAUCCGCCAGGCUGACUGCAUCAUCAUUGUGGGACUGGGUGAGCAGGAGCCCACUGUGGGUGAGUUGGAGCGAAUGCUGGAGGGCAGUGCAGUUCGUGCUCAGAAACAGCUGGUGUUGCUGCACAAGGAGGAUGGCCCGCCGCCCAAAGGGACAGCCGAGUGGCUGAACAUGCGGAGCUGGAUCUCCAGACACCAUCACCUGUCCUGCCCCCGCAGAGUGUUCUCCAGGAGGAGUUUACCUAAGCUGAGAGAGUUGUACCAGCGUGUGUUUGAGAAGUGUCCAGAUCGUCAUUCCGACUUCUCUCGUCUGGCCAGGAUCCUGACAGGAAACAGCAUCGCCCUUGUGCUGGGUGGAGGGGGCGCCAGGGGCUGCUCUCAGGUCGGUAUCCUGCGGGCCCUGAACGAGGCGGGGAUCCCUGUCGACAUGGUGGGCGGCACCUCAAUCGGCUCCUUUUUGGGGGCGCUGUACGCUGAGGAGAAGAGCAACAGUCGCAUGAGGGUCCGGGCUCGCGAGUGGGCCAUGGGCAUGACCUCUUACUUCAAGAAGAUCUUUGAUCUGACCUACCCUGUUACCUCCAUGUUUUCUGGAGCUUCCUUUAACUCCAGCCUUAGCUCCGUCUUCAAGGGCAAACAGAUAGAGGACCUGUGGCUGCCGUACUUCAACAUUACAACAGAUAUCACAGCUUCCUCCAUGAGAGUUCACACUGACGGUUCGUUGUGGCGGUAUGUCCGGGCCAGCAUGUCACUCUCUGGUUACCUGCCACCUCUCUGUGAUCCCAAAGAUGGACACUUACUCAUGGACGGAGGGUACAUCAACAACCUGCCUGCCGAUGUGGCUCGCUCUAUGGGAGCCAAGGUUGUGAUUGCAAUUGAUGUUGGAAGUCGGGAUGAAACCGACCUAACCAACUAUGGUGACUCCCUGAACGGCUGGUGGUUGCUGUGGAAACGCUUCAACCCUCUCGCUGAGAAAGUCAAGGUCCUGAACAUGGCAGAGAUCCAAACCCGACUUGCUUACGUCUGCUGUGUGCGGCAGCUGGAACUGGUCAAAGACAGUGAAUACUGCGAGUACAUUCGGCCGCACAUCGACCACUACGGCACACUGGAGUUUGGCAAGUUUGACGAGAUCGCUGAAGUGGGAUACCAGCACGGAAAGACGUUGUUCGAUGUGUGGCAGCGCAGUGGCGUGGUGGACAGCAUGCUUAAGGACAGACAUCAGGAGGAGUUCCACAAGACCAAAACUGGCCAUGUCACCUGUCCGAAUGCCUCCUUCACAGACCUGGCAGAGAUAGUGUCGAGAAUCGAACCCGUCAAGAAUGCCGUAAUCGAGGAGGAGCAGUCUGAUGACUACCAGACAGACUACGACGAGGAGGCGGUGGAAAGCGCUCUAUCUGACUUUGAGGCGUUCACUGCCGGCAGUGAACACACUGAAGGAGAGGAGACGGCAGACACUGGUGAAACAGAUGAGGAAAUUCAAAUCCGAGUUCGACGCCGGCCGAAUAAUGCCCCGCCAAGUCCGUGACAUCCAUCACAGCCGUGACUUCCUGUCAGGGCUGCUGACCGUGGUCCUCAAUACACACAUUUCAAUGCAGUAUUUCUGGUAACCUUUUGAGAUAUCCGUUGAGUUUGCAUGACAAACAUGUAGCUCGUACUCUCAUCCAAUGAGCAGAGAGGUAGCAUGCUCAGCGUCUUCCUCAAACACACAAAACUGUCGAUGGAUACGGUGACCUGUUGUUAGGCUCAGGUAGUUUUAAUUGAGUGAUGAGCCCCAGUGUGUCUCAGUGUUUCCUGCACUUUGUAAAUUUCAUCGGUUUAAACAGUUCAGUAACAACCAGGGUUUCCCGCUCGUCAUGGAAUUAUUAAAACAUCGAGCAUCAAGGAGAUGUGUAUUCCAAACAGGGAAAAUAUCUGACUUUUGUCUGUUCUCUUGAGGAAGUCGGGAAACGGCAAAGAGUUUUACAAAUCGGUUCAUUUACGGGAAUACAGCAGAAUGUAUUUUUUAUUUCGCUUGUUUGAUGUAUUUGUCGGCUAGUAUGGCAGCUCUGUCAUAGUUAAUGGAAAAACAGGGAAAAUGUAUGGAAUUGUACCACCACUAGAGCCUGGAAAAACAUCGGUAUCGUCAUACAAGCACAUCACGCACAACUUAAAAAUGCACUGCAGUCUUUCAACAUAAUAUUUCAUAAUGUGCAGUGGCACUUUUUUGAGGAACAGUUCUAUGUCUAGCUGGUUCCUGUCAUAAUAAGCUCAGAUACAUAAAGCACUAUAGUGCAUUUCACAAUGUUUACGUAUUAAAGUAUAGGAAGUAAAAAAUGUUUUAUGUGCCUAGAUUGCACUUCAAGUA